AUGUCUAACAGUCCUAACGUAGAAAAGGAAUUUGGAGAAAACCUUACUCCUUCUCCCUCUCAGCACCCACAUACUAGGCAAAGAAGAUCUUCUUCGAUCAUUCAACAUUUAGAACCUGACAAUUUGGAAACAAGAAUUGAUCAGUCAUUGAAUCCUAAUGUUAACGCCAAUUGGGUGCAUUAUAAAGGUGCUUGGGUAGUCCACAUUGUAUUGAUUUUGUUCUUGAAAGUGUUUUUCAACUUCAUAUCAGUGUUAGAUAAUGAUUGGAAGUGGACUUUAACUAAUUUGACUUACAAUAUUGGGUCAUACAUUAUGUUCCACCAAGUUAAAGGUACCCCUUUUGAAUUCAAUAACGGAGCGUAUGACAACUUGACUAUGUGGGAGCAGAUUGAUAACGGUGAUCAAUAUACUCCAACAAAGAAAUUUUUAAUGCUGGUACCAAUUGGAUUGUUCCUUAUUAGUACUCAUUACUCCAACUAUACAAACUUAAACUUAUUUAUACUCAAUGGUGUGAGUUGUUUAUGUGUAGUUAUACCAAAGUUAGCCAUUGCACAUAGACUCAGGGUGACUCUUUAUUAA